AUGGUUCGGGCAAGGCAGGGCGCAGGACCGGACGGUGUCGCAAAACCUCGCUCCAGCGGUAUCAAAGUCAUUAUUGUCGGACUCGGGUAUUCUGGAGCUGCAGCUGCUAUUGAAUGUCACCGGAAGGGACAUGAUGUGGUGGUGUACGAGCAAUGGCCGGGCAUUUCUCAACUGGGAGACAUCAUUGGCAUCAGCGGCAAUGCUGCACAGAUAGUCGCGAAAUGGGGGGACGGUAGCGUCCAUCGCAGGCUGGAACCUUUACUCUCCUACUGGCGAGCAAACAACAUCAGAAGAUACGACACAGGGGAGAUCCUUUAUCCGCAGCCGAUGGUGGGGUACAAUGCUGGCUCUGGAUACACUGCUCCUCGAGGACCGAUGGCCAUUAUCAUGACGAACCAUCUGCGAGAUCUUGGUGUGCCUGUCCACUUUGGCAAACGCAUCGUCGACUAUUUCGAGACCGAGACCGGGGCCGGCAUCGUUGUUGAUGGUCAAAGAGUUACAGCAGAUUGUGUUAUAGCGUGCGACGGUGUCCACUCCAAAGCACGCACUUUCGUCGUCGGCCUUGACGAUCGACCAUAUCCUACAGGCUAUGCCACGUACAGGGCAUGGUUCAGCGCGGAUGAAGCGAAGAAGAACCCCAAACUGAAAUGGAUGUUUGAGGGAGAUUGUGAUAAGAUGGAGACCUAUAUCGGGCAGGACAUGCAUUGUAUCCUGGGCACUUGCUCUGGGAUGAGAGGGGUGGUAUGGAACAUUACUCACAAAGAUGAGUACGACAACGUCGCAGAAUCGUGGUCCUUCCCUGGCAAGCAUGAGGAUGUCCUGGCGUAUGUCAAAGGAUGGAACGAACGUAUUCAUGACGUUGUUAUGGCGACCCCCAAGUCGCAAUUAGUCGAUUACAAACUUGUCUGGCGCGAUCCGCUUCCGACUUGGGUCUCAAAGCAUGCUCGAAUUAUCCUGAUUGGCGACUCUGCGCAUCCUUUCCUGCCCACCUCCGCACAAGGGGCAGGUCAGGCCGUCGAGGAUGGUGCCACAGUUGCAAUUUGUCUCGAGCUUGCCGGCAAGGACAACGUGCCGCUUGCCCUGAAGACCUGCGAAAGACUGAGGUAUGCUCGAGCCUCGCUAGCUCAACAAAUUGGAAAAGAAACCCGCGAGAUUUGGCACAAGACGGAUUUCGAGGAGGCCAAAAAGAACCCACAAUCUCUCUCGAUGCCACUUCCCCAAUGGCUAUUUGGCCAUGAAGCCCAGAAAUACGCCUACGACGAGUUUGGCGCCGCGGCAAGCUCAAUCGAGGACGGAACUGAAUAUACACCAAAGAACAUUCCUCCACCGGGACAGAACCAUCGCGUAUAUGAUUUCAAGGUUGAGGACGCAAGUCCAUGGGUCAAGGGAGAGGUUGCGCCCCGUGCCCGGCUGUAG